GGUAAAUCAAGUCGGGAAACCCAAGUUAGUUACACUCUAUUUAAUUGGUCGACAGCAGGUUGUUGUUAUUCAGAAGUGUUAUUGUGGCAUACGAAUUGUCUUUUAAUAAUUAGCAAGUAAAAGAAGCCAUUUCCAAAUUAUCUUUUGAUUUUAUUGUGAUGAAUAUUUGCAAAAUGUGGAUCAUAUUAUUAUUCGUCGUCUUGACGCUCUCAACAGAAGCUUAUGGAAAAACGCUAUAUAAUGAUGCUGCACAUAUAUCCCAAAACACAAGAAUAAAAAGGCAAUUUAAUAAUGACGACAGUAUUUUUUUCGAGGAUCCUGAUAUCGAUCUGAGAGACCAAGAACGUCGACAAGAAAAUAAUUGGGGACGUUUUCGACCUCUAUCAACGCCACAAAGACCACGAAAACCUUUACAAGAUGACAUUUACGACCUUUUUUAUCCAAAUUUACCACAAAAUCGACAGCCAAUAGUUUCAACUCAAAGGCCGUUAAACAGUAAUGCCGAACCAGGCGAAGGAACCACUCCGGCCUCAAUAUGCGAAUCCAGAUGUCCGACUACCUCCCAAUACAAUCCGGUUUGCGGCGACAAUAACGUCACUUAUUCGAACAUAUCGAGGCUUAAUUGUGCCGUGAGGUGCGGCAAAAAGGUGCGAAUCGCAGCUUACCGGGCCUGCUCAAGAUUCACAAGUGUCACUGUGUAACAGAUAUUGAGAAGCGAUCGUCGUCACGUCAACAAUCUCCACGCGCUCUAUGUGCAAGAGUGAGAGAAAGUGAAAAAUAAUGUUGCGUUGUUCACGCGUUCAGCCCAACGGAGCCGUCGCCGUCAACCUUUCGAUGCUCUCUGUUACAGUCCACUAUAAC